AUGCCUUUAUAAACAGUUCAGAAGCUUGGAUUUUUGCAGUAAACCCCACUUGUUUUCCUUUGUUAAAUUGCAGAAAUUCUGAGAAUCAGUCAUGGAGGACAAAUGUUCCAUCAAGAAAGAUGUUACUGAAUUAAUAUGUAAUACGCCUAUGGUAUAUCUGAACCAUAUCGUUGAUGGCUGCGGAGCUCGAAUCGCUGCCAAGCUUGAGAUCAUGGAACCUUGCUCCAGUGUUAAAGACAGGAUAGCCUACAGUAUGAUUAAAGAUGCAGAAGAUAAGGGCUUAAUUACACCUGGGAAGAGUGUCCUCAUCGAGCCUACGAGCGGUAAUACUGGCAUCGGAUUGGCUUUCAUUGGGGCUGCCAGGGGUUAUAAAGUUAUUGUCAUAAUGCCAUCUUAUGUGAGCAUUGAAAGGAUAAUCGUUCUUCGAGCUUUCGGAGCUGAGGUAUGCCUCACGGACAAAGCCAAGGGCAUUAAGGGGAUAUUCGACAAGGCUGAGGAGAUACUGAAAAACACACCUAAUGGUCACAUGCUACAGCAAUUUGAAAACCCUUCUAAUCCACAGAUUCAUUACGAGACCACCGGUCCGGAGAUAUGGAAAGACUCAGGAGGGCAAGUUGAUGUGCUGGUUGCAGGCAUAGGGACUGGUGGUACUGUAACAGGUGCAGGGAGGUUCCUCAAAGAGAAAAAAUCAGGGUUCAAGGUAUAUGGAAUUGAACCGGUCGAAAGUGCAGUCUUGAACGGCGGAAAACCCGGCCCUCAUCUGAUCCAAGGAAUUGGUGCCGGUAUCAUCCCUGAUGUUUUGGAUGUUGGCCUUCUCGAUGAAGUUAUCCAGGUAUCGAGUGACGAAGCUAUUGAAACUGCUAAACUGAUAGCCCUGAAAGAAGGUUUGCUGGUUGGAAUAUCAUCUGGUGCGGCUACAGCAGCUGCAAUUAAGGUGGCAAAGAGGCCAGAAAAUGCAGGCAAACUCAUAGUUGUAGUUUUCCCCAGCGCGGGUGAGCGUUACUUGUCGUCUGCAUUGUUUGAAUCCAUUAGGCAUGAAGCAGAGAACAUGCCCAUCCAUUGAUGCCAUUAUCAUCUCCAUUUGCAAUUUUUUUCCCGCAAUAUGAACUCCUGCCUUUAUUUAUUUUUCUUUGUACUUGUGCUCUAUGUUUUCGGGAUUUAAAAUAA